AGAGAGCUGGCAUGCACAAUCAAUAUACGCAUUAAGAUUUUCCUAUCCCGUCCCUGUCCAGUACGUGUCUGGUUCCACCGCCGCACCCCUGACUCAGCCUCACAGUCACACUCCCAGCUCAGUCGCUCCCGCAGUGGCACGGUGGUGGGUGACGUAAACUCUGGGCUGCUCUUUCUCCUGUUUUUACCGCAUUUUCUUUUCUGUUGACUUCCGGUACGCCAAAAGAAGAGCAACCACCGCUUCAUCAUCGUCACUGGAGGAACACAGCUUGGCUCGCAGCUGUUGUUUGUUUACCUUCACUUCCCGCCAAGGCGUCAGCUAGUCCAUACUUUCCAGGCGCUACAUGUGACACUCCGACCUGGAGGGACGAGGCGGAAAUUCUACGCACAGCAGCAGUGAGGGGCACACCUCAUCAUGUACCGGGGCAAUGGCUUUUCACAGGCAGCUGGUCAAGGCUCCCAGUCACAGAACUACCAGGGGCAUGGCAGGGGUUCCAGAGGGUUCAGAGGUGGCAGGGGGAGGGGGAGGGGGGGACAAGGGUGGCGCAAUGGCCAGGGGAACAACCGAGGUGCCGUCAGCAUGGAAUCCCUGAGCCUGAGGUCAAAUUUUGGCGACUGGGGCAGCGGCAGCAGGAGGCACAAUGCUAAUGACAGAGAGCAGCGGAGUUCUGAUGAUAGGGAAAACUGGAGGCACAAUUCAAGUGACAGAAAUAGACAAGGACAGAACUCUGGUGACCAGAGUACAAGAAGACCUUAUUUUGCUCCACGAGGUGGUGCAGGGGGCAACACAGCACACCACGACAGACAACAUCCUGAAGGUAACGAACAGAACCCUCCUAAGUACAGGAAGCAGAGGAAGUGCCCAAUAAGCUUGAAUGACCUGGACAGACUGGCAACACAGCAGCCUGAUGUAGUGGUUCUUGAGCUGUUGAAUGAGAGGUCUGGUUUUUUUGUGUUGACUGAAGUAAGCGACAUCCGGCCCAAACAAGUAGAUAAGGCGUUGAUGGUGCUGGCUCGGGCCACCACCUCCCAGGCUCUGAUGGAUAGCGUGUAUGAGCUCCUCAACAAGUCAUGUUCAAAAACCUUUGUGGCAACGCUGAUGAACUAUUCCUUUACACUGAAGCGACAGUUCCCAGAAAAGGGUCCCAUAUUCUUCGCUCACCUGCACACUAUUCUGGAAACCUUCUGCAAUGGAAUGAUUAAUACUGCCAUCCAUCGCCUCAUAAAUCUUGUUGACAGCUGCCACUUCACCCUGACUGCCUUGGAGGUGGAGGGACAUGUGGAGGAGUACUUGGUGAACAAAUACAAGCUCCUGCUGGAGCGGUUGAAUGAGGCAACAAAGAAAUGGCACCAGGAGAAGGACAUGAACAAGCAGGACAUCCGGCAGAGGAGGGAGGCCGAGAUGGACAACUUGGAGCCACCUGAUGACUUCCGGGAAAUCUCUGUCCUGCCCACCCCAUUGGACAUCAUGGACACCAAGCGGCCCUUCCUGCGGCGCAAUAUGGUGCAGGGACGCUACGUGGACAGUCAGCACUAUUUGGAUGUGCAGUUCCGGCUGCUGCGGGAAGACUUUGUGCGACCACUGAGGGAGGGUAUCAACCAGUUCAGGAGCAACACCAAGGGCCGCCUAAUGGACAUCAGGGUGUACCGCAAUGUCACCUACAUUGGCUCUAGGCUAGAACGGCUGAAGCUUUUCCAUGAGGUUCGCAUCGGAAAUAUGAAGUCCGCCAGGCUGGAGAAUUCCCGCCGCCUCAUGUAUGGCAACCUUGUGUGCUUCAGCAGUGACAACUUUGCCUCCAUGAUCCUGGGCUCUGUGGCCGACCGCAAUGCCGAUCGCCUCAAGGAUGGGGUCAUCGGGGUAGACUUUGAUACCGACAUCAGCGAGCAUGACAUGUCCCGCCCUUUUGUGAUGGUGGAGUCCCGGGCAUACUUCAUGGCCUACAAACACGUGCUGCAGGCCUUGAAGGAGAUGCCCAACCAGGUCCCCAUGGAGAUGUAUGUGGUGGAAGUGGAGCCACUCAUUGACCCCCCACAGUAUUUAAAUGUGGCAGCUGGGGAAGUGUACGACCUGAGAAUCAUGAGGAAUAAAACUCUCAUGAAGAGGUCUGAGGCCUUGAACAACUUCUUCAUGCAUAAGGAGGCUGAGGAGGAGCAGCAGCAUGGCGAGGAGAUUGGGUACAAAGAGAUGCGUCUGCGGAAUGUGGUGAUCACGGAUGACUUGGCCUUCUGGCCCUCAGAAAACACCUUGGGCCUGGACAGCUCCCAGCGCAGGGCCCUGUACAGCGCCCUCAACCAUGAGCUGGCCAUCAUCCAGGGACCACCCGGCACAGGCAAGACUUUCAUUGGCCUGAAGAUCGUGCAGACCCUGCUGCACAACAGUGAUGUGUGGAAAGACAAGGACAACCCCACACCCAUCCUGGUGGUGUGCUUCACCAACCACGCCCUGGAUCAGUUCCUGGAGGGCAUGACCUCCUUCACCAGCAGCAUUGUGAGAGUGGGCUCCAGGACCAAGAGUGAGAACAUUGAUCGGUUCCAGAUCAACCGCCUGGUGAAGAGUGUGGUGCAGACACGCUCCAUGCCGCACAGCAUCCACUCCCAGAAAGUGGACAUCUCUAAUGACCUGCGGCGCCUGGAGUUGGCUAUCGGCUUAUGCCGCCAGAUUGACCAAGAGUGUAAGGCACCAAGGGGCAUCUUCAGCCUGGAUGUGUUUGAGAAAAACAUCAUCCCAGCCCACAUCCUCCAGCAGCUCCACAGUGUUGAGUACAGUAACAAAUUGACACACUGGUUAAGCAUGAAUUUCCAGCCUGGGAGUGCUGGCCAGCAGUCUGCUGUGUCAGCAGCCAAGGGCCAAGGAGCCCUGCCACAGGAGGCAAGAUCCAAACCAGAGAAUGAGAUGGAUAAGGAUGAGGAGGAGAGGAAGGACAACGAAGAAUUCAUUGGGCUGGAAGAGAGGGACAGGAUGAUUGAUGAUGACUGGGAAGAGUCUGUGCCCAAUGUCAAGAUAAAUCCAGUGAAGUUUGAGGUGUUGAUAGACGAACUGGAAUGUGAAGUGAACAGCCUGAUGUCUCAGGAGCAAGACGAGCGGACCUACCUGGAGAUCAUGAUCCGCAGUGGCUUGCUGGAGGCAAUCAAGUAUGGCCUGACCUUACCGGUGAACAGGAGGGAGGUGGAGAUCCUCCAGGCUCAAACUCAACUUAACAUAUGGAAACUUGAACCUCAAGAGAGGUGGCAGCUGUACAACCACUGGGUGGCCCAGCUCCAGAGACAGGUUCGGCCCACAUGGCUGAGCAUGACUGCAGAGUUCCAGAAGAGAGUGAAGACCCUGGAGGCGACAAAGAAUGCCGAGUAUCUGUACGCCAUGAGGAGGGCAGCAGUGGUGGGCAUGACCACCACGGGUGCUGCACAGUACAACAAGAUCCUGCAGGACCUCGCACCAGCCAUUGUUGUGAUUGAGGAAGCUGCAGAGAUCCUGGAGUCACACGUCAUCUCGUCCCUCACAGCAGAGUGCAAGCACCUCAUCAUGAUAGGGGACCACCAGCAGCUGCAGCCAAGUGCCACAGUGUAUGAACUGGCCACCAAGUAUGGCCUGGAGACCUCACUGUUUGAACGCCUCAUUAAGAAUGGCUUGGCGUAUGAAACUCUGGAAUAUCAACACCGCAUGCGUCCAUCCAUCUCAAGACUCCUGGUGCCUUCCAUCUAUCCCUCCCUGAAGGACCACCCCUCUGUAAACGAGUAUCCAAGUGUGCUCGGACUCACUCAUGAUGUGUUCUUCAUUGCACACAACCAGAUGGAACGCAAGGAGUGUGAUGACAACAGCAGCCACGAGAACCAGUAUGAGGCAGAGCUGCUGAUUGGUCUGUGCCGCCACCUGUUGCUGCAAGGCUAUGACCCUGCUGACAUCACCAUCCUCACUGCGUACUCUGGCCAGUUCUUCUUGUUGCGGCGGCUGCAGCGGCAGGACCCGGUGUGUGAUGGAGUGCAGGUGUGUGUGGUGGACAACUACCAGGGGGAGGAGAACAAGAUCAUCCUGCUGUCCCUGGUGAGGAGCAACCCUGAGGGCAAGGUGGGCUUCCUGCGCACUGACAACCGGGUGUGUGUGGCACUGUCCCGUGCCAAACAUGGUCUUUACAUCACCGGCAACAUGGACCUGCUGAGCCAGUCCAGCGACCUGUGGAAGAAGGUGAAGGCAGACCUGGCCCAGAGCGAUGGCAUCGGAGAGGCUCUGCCGCUGCGGUGUGAAAACCAUCCCCACCAAAUCACCCUCGUGUCCUCAGGUCAAGACUUCCUCACCAAGAGUCCUGAGGGAGGCUGCACGCUGGUGUGUGACAGGCAGCUGCCGAACUGCCGCCACCCAUGCCCCCAGGUGUGCCACAUUGCUGAUCCUGACCACCACAACUACAGAUGUCGGGUGCCAUGCCCCAAGGUGCUGUGCCGCCUGGACCACAAGUGCCCCAAGCAGUGCUGGCAGGAGUGUGGACCAUGUAUGGUCAUUCGUACCAAGCUCCUUCCCUGCGGCCACAGCCACAAGAUUCCCUGCCACGUGUCCCGUGCCUCCUACAAGUGCCCCACGCAGGUGGAGAAGGUGAUCCCUGCCUGCCAGCACCAGGUCACCAUGCCCUGCCACCAGGAUCCUGCUCUGUUCACAUGCCCCGAGGACUGUGACACGCGGGUGGACUGCGGCCACAAAUGCAAGAAUAAGUGUCACCGCACCAAGGACCCCGACCACAAGCUGUACCUCUGCAUGGAGCCAUGUGCCAGGAUCAACGCUGGCUGCUCCCAGAAGCACCCAUGCCUCAAGAAGUGCUACGUGGAGUGUGGCCCCUGCAUGGAGAAGGUGAAGAAGAUGCUUCCCUGCAGACAUGAGGCCAAGGAAGUCGAGUGCUCCCAGCCUGCCGAGGAGGUCCAGUGCAACCAGAAGUGCCGGAAGAUCCUGCCAUGUGGCCACCACUGUAAGAGGCUGUGCUACAAUGAGUGUGGGGGCUGUGAGGUGCUGGUGAGGAAGGAGGUGCCUACCUGUGGGCACACUAUUCAUAUUGCCUGCAGGAAGCCAGCCACCUCAGGGGAGUGUGAUGGUCCGUGUCCCAAGAAGCUACUGUGUGGACAUGGAUGCCAGCAGAAGUGCAAGGAAAAAUGUACCACCAACUGUCCCGCGCUGGUGAUAACCAAUGAAAGGUGUCCCAGGAACCACGUGAUCCAACUGCCAUGUCACCUGAAAUCCAAAGUGCAGGGUGAGACAGCCUGGGAACACUGCAGUGAGCCAUGUGGCCAGACGCUGAGCUGCGGGCACCAGUGUGUGGGGACGUGUGGUCAGUGUCUGCACGGCCGCCUGCACAAAGCCUGCAAUGAGCAGUGUGACAGAGCACUUGUUUGUGGCCACACGUGCAAGUACCCAUGUGGCAAGUCCUGCCCGCCCUGCCAGGAGGAGUGUUGCUGGAAGUGUACUCACAGCAAGUGUCGCAAUAAGUGUGGGGUACCUUGUAAUCCCUGUCUGGAAAAGUGUGAGUGGGGGUGUCAGCAUGUCAGAUGUGGCAAGAAGUGUGGUGAGAAGUGUGGGAGGAAGCCGUGUGAUCAGCCAUGCUCAAAGAAGCUGAAGUGUGGCCAUGACUGUACUGGGUUCUGCGGCGAUCCGUGUCCACCUCUCUGCCGAGUGUGUGACCUGGAGGAGCUGACCGAGUUCUUCCUGCUGGGGAAUGAGGACGACCCUGAAGCACGGUUUGUGUGGCUGGAGGACUGUGGCCACUGCAUUGAGGCUGAGGGGUUGGAGAUGUGGCUGACAAAGGAGAGUGGAGAGAUCGGUAUGAAGGCCUGUCCUAGAUGCAGGAAUGCCAUCUACAACAAUAAGCGACACCAGCAUCUGAUCCUGCAGGCAUACGAAGGAGUGCAGGCCAUCAAGAAGAAGUACUACAGCAUCCACAGUACCAUCAAGAAGAAAGACAUUGAGCUCUUCUUGCAGGAUCCAGAAGUGAUUGAUAGAUACAAGUCUCAAGUGCUUAAAAUUCUGAAGAAGAUGGGAAGUGAAGCAAAGAGAGGAAAUCCAUUUAACAAACUAAGUGAGGAUGAGAAGAGUCUAUGUCACUUCCAGGCACAGGUGCUGAAGAAGGCUGCCGACAUUGCCAAGCAGGCACGUGGCAGCACAUCCAGCCCUGCACACAAGCUGCAGGCAGUGCUGGGCAAGGUUGACGGCCUGGUGGCACAGGUGAUGGAGAAGACCACCACCAUCUCAGACCAGAUGAAGGAGGAGGUGACAUGUGAGCUGCAGCGCCUGGCCAUCCUGCCCGCCUACUGCACCUUCUUGGAGAAGACCACCUCUUACCAGAACUCAAGCAUAAUGAGACUGAAGGCCGAACUGGGGAAGUUGAUGAACCCCACGGAGAAGUACAACCAGAAGCGGGACGACAAGGUGAGGGCGCUGCUGAAGGAGAGUGAGAAGUACGUUGGUGGCCUUGGCAUCAAUGACAAUGAAAGGUUGAUGAUACUGAAGGCCAUGAACCUCCGCAAUGGACACUGGUACAAGUGCCCCAAUGGACACGUGUACUGCAUCACUGAGUGUGGGGGUGCCAUGAUGGAGAGCACCUGCCCAGAGUGUGGGAGUAGAAUUGGCGGUGGCAGUCACACACUGAGGUCAGACAAUGCAGUGGCCACAGAGAUGGACGGGGCCAGGCACUCUGCGUGGUCAGAGCAAAACAACAUGGCCAAUUUUGUCCUUGAUGAUUAACUUACCAUCAGCAAGAAGUCUGGUCAGUCAGUCAGUCAGUUGGUCAUUCAGUCAGUCCCAGGUUUUCAUCAACUAUUCAAUGCCUUGUUGUAAUUGCUCUUCAUAGAUGUAAAAGCCACUGGAGUUCUCAAGAGAGGUUUCCUGGUUCGAGUAAUGAUGAGGAAUCAGUGUGGGCCCAGUCUGGAAUGAUUCAAUGCCGUAUCUUUACUUAAUCUAGUGUGGUAGAGGAAGAUUUGAGAAGGAUGUACAGAGGGAGGAAGCCGACUGCCACUGCAAGAAGUAUUGUGAGGCAGAUACAGUGUGAUACAGGAUACAGUUAACCCGAUCUAACCUAAUAUUUUGCACCAUUUAUAUCUGUAGUCAUAGGAAGUUUUAAUAAAAGAUAAAACUUCAUUGCUCUGUAUGAUGUCUCUGAGGGUCAUCUGAGCUUGCAUUGCCUGUUUUAUUAAGCUUUGUCAGAGUGAGUCACAAAGAGAAAUUAGACAUGAAGAUCAAUGUGUGGAAUAUUGGUUUUUAUUUUACUGUUAACAUUUUUUUUUUGCAAGUUGCUUUUAUUUGUUUUUAUCUAUUAUUCUUUGAGUGUCAAGAAUUUUUUAUUUAUAUUUUUUAUCUUUUUAAUCCUAAGCUUUCUUGUACGUCUGUCAGUAUUGUAUAAUAGUUAUCUAUUUGAUAUUUAGUAAUGUUUCGUUAGUUAAUGAUUACCUGUGUUUGAUGCCAGUCAUCUCUCAAUAUUAAGUAAGUUAUAUGAAUUCAUUUUGAAAAAUUAUAGCAUUAUUUCUUUUUACAAUUCACUCCAGCAUACCAAAGUAAUCCGUGUGAUAAUGUGUGUAUCAGGGAGAUAAUAACUAUAGACACUUUAUAUUGACCUUUAAAUGCAUAUGUGGGUGUGUGUUAAAUAAAAUUGGUAGUCAAG